AUGGCUUCUUCUUCUUCUUCUUCUUUUACGUCUCACAACAACAGAUUCGAUGUCUUCCCAAGCUACCAUGGACCAGACGUCCGUGCAGGUUUCCUAAGUCACUUGCGCAAGCAGUUUUCAUUGGACAAGAUCAAGAUGUUCAAUGAUCAAGGGAUUGAGAAAAGUCAAAUGAUCGCUGCUUCACUCAAACGAGCUAUAAGAGAAUCAAAGAUCUCGAUCGUGAUACUCUCCAAGAACUAUGCUUCGUCAAGCUGGUGUUUGUAUGAAUUGGUGGAGAUACUGGAGUGCGCAAAGGCAGAGGGACAGAUAGUGACGACCAUCUUCUACGGAGUGGAUCCAUACGACGUACAGAACCAGACCGGAGACUUUGGGAUCGCUUUCAAUGAGACUUUUGAAAUGAAAACGGCCGCUGAGAGGUGGAAAUGGAGGCAAGCUUUGACAAAUGUUAGCAAAAUACCUGGAGAACAUUUGCAAGACUGGGACAAUGAAGCAAACAUGAUUCAGAAGAUUGCAAGAGAUAUUUCAGAUAAACUAAAUGUAAUACUGUCGGGAGAUUUUGAUUUCAUGGUGGGACUUGAAGCUCAUUUGAGAGGAAUACAGUCUUUGUUAGAAUUAGAUGAUGAUGGAGUUAAGAUGGUUGCAAUAUAUGGUCCUCCAGGCAUUGGUAAGACUACCAUUGCCGGAGCUCUACAUACACUGCUCUCUAGCAGUGUUUUUCAGCUUUCUUGUUUUAUGGAGAAUCUCAAGGGAAGCUUCAAUAGUGGCCUUGAUGAGUAUGGGUUGAAGUUGUGUCUACAGAAGCAACUUCUCUCAAAGGUUGGGAACCAAAAUGGUAUGAGUAUAUGCUGUUUAGGUGCAGGAAAAGAUAAUCUAAGCGACCAGAAACUGCUUAUUAUUCUUGAUGAUGUGGAUGAUCUGAAGCAACUUGAGGCUUUGGCUAAUGUAACUACAUGGGUUGGUCCUGGAAGUAGAAUUGUAGUUACCACAGAGAACAAAGAGCUUCUGCAGCAGCAUGGUAUCAACAAGACGUACCAUGUGGUGUUUCCUUCUAGUGAAGAAGCUCUUGAAAUCCUAUGUAGAUAUGCUUUUAGACAAAGCUAUCGACACCUUGGGUUUCAAGAGUUUGCUUCUAGAAUAUCAGAACUUUGUGGUAACCUUCCAUUGGGUCUCCGUGUGGUGGGCUCAUCUUUACAUGGGAAAGAGCAGAACGAGUGGGAAGAAGUAAUGCGCAAGCUAGAAACUAUUCUUGAUCAUGGAGAUAUUGAAGAAGUUUUAAGAGUCGGUUAUGAGAGUUUGCAAGAGAAUGAGCAAACUCUAUUUCUCCACAUCGCAGUCUUCUUCAACUAUAAAGAUAGUGAUCUUGUGAAAGCCAUGUUUGCUGACAAUAACUUGGAUGUCAAGCAUGCGUUAAAAGCCCUAGUCGAUAAGUCUCUCAUACAUGUAUCUAAUAGUGGAGAAAUCGUGAUGCACAAGCUACUACAACAAGUGGCUACAAAAGCCUUUCGUAGAGAAGAACCAUGGAAACGCCGGAUCUUAAUAGAUGCUCAAGAGAUUUGUGAUGUUCUUGAAUGUGCCGAAGGUACUAGAGCUGUGUCCGGAAUAUCAUUUGAUAUCUCUGGUAUCAAAGAAGUAUCUGUAAGCAAGAGAGCUUUCACAAGAAUGCCUAAUCUUCGAUUCCUCAAAGUUUACAAAAGUAAAGAUGAUGGCAAUGACACUGUGCAUAUACCAGAGGAGAUGGAGUUUCCGCGUCGUUUAAGAUUACUAAAUUGGGAUGCGUACCCUAGCAGAAGUCUGCCUCCUACAUUUCGUUCUGAAUAUCUUGUUGAACUUGAUAUGAAAUAUAGCCAUCUCGAGAAGCUCUGGAAAGGAACUCAGGCGCUUACAAACCUCAGAAAGAUGGAUUUGUCAGAUUCUCGGAAGUUGAAGGAACUCCCAGAUCUUUCAAAUGCUCCAAAUCUUGAGACAUUGGAACUGAGUUCUUGCAAGAGUUUGGUCGAGCUUCCAUCCUCUAUAGCAAAUCUUCAUAACCUACAAGAGUUGUGUAUGCAAUCUUGCACAAACCUAGAAGUCCUUCCAACUAACAUCAACUUGGCAUCUCUUGUGAAGAUCGACAUGUCUGGAUGCUCACGUUUGAGAAUCUUCCCAGAUAUUUCUACAAACGUAGGGCAACUCUUUGUCUCAGGCACAGCGGUAGAAGAAGUACCUGCGUCAAUCUGUCUAUGGUCUCGUGUUCGGUACAUUGAUCUGAGCCACUGCAUGCAUCUCAAGAGAUUAACAAAUCUUCCCACGGCCGUAAAGUGUCUAAACCUGAGCAACAGUGGUGUUGAGAGGAUCACAUAUUGCAUGAGAGACCUUCAUGGUUUGGAAGAGCUUAAUGUUUCUGGCUGCAAGAAGCUUGAAACAUUGCCUGAGCUCCCUACCUCAAUCAUAGUCGUAACAGCAGAAGAUUGUGAAUCACUUGCGAGAGUAACUCACCCUUUAAACAUUCCAAACGCGCAGCUUAACUUCACCAACUGCUUCAAACUUGGCGGAGAAGCAAGAAGACUAAUCAUACAACGGUCGUUUCUUGAUGGGAUUGCUUGCUUACCUGGAAGUGUAAUUCCUAGUGUGUUCAAUCACAGAACCAAGGGAAACUCAUUGACCAUUGGUCCUUUCUCUGCAUCCUCUAGGUUUGAGGCUUGCGUCAUUAUUUCUCCAGACCAACACCAACACACGAGAGAAGACAUAUAUCUUGGUCUACGUUACCGUAUACUAGGCAAAAGCGGAGAUGCCAUUUAUAGAAACCCUGUUUCUUCCCUAAACCCUAGCGAGUCACCAGAGAUUCAAACAAAACAUCUUUGUAUAUUUCAUUGUGACUUGCCGAGAGAAGAGAUAUGCCUUGAAGUUGGCAUCGAAAUCUUGUUUGAGCUCAGCAACAGUGCAUGCGGUCCACUGGAUGACUGUGAGAUUACUGAAUGUGGAGUACGAAUCUUGACGGAUGAAUGGGAGAGAAGCAGUGACGACGAGACCAAAGAUAAUUGUGGAAUAGACCAAGUUUCUGACUGGAGUUACGAGUUUGAACAGGUCUUCAAGGUCUUGGAAGACUCUGAAGACGAGUUUGUUGCAACCAGCGAUAGUGAGGCGUCUCAAGACUGUGACUAG